ACAGAGCGGGGGCGAGUUUCGAUCCAUACAAUACCCGUAUUUCCAGUUCCACUGCCAUCCCUAUCUCUCACAACCUCCAGUGUGCAACUUGCAACGCAGAAAGGAAUCGAACUUCUCGGCCUCUCUCUCUCGGACCCUCUUCUCUGCAGCACAAAAAGGAUCUCCUGGGCAGUUCCUAUGCACAGGUGCCAUAGCCUAUCUUUAUCUUCUUCGUCUUCGUCUGCCUCAUGCUUACCCGUCUGCUUCUUUUCUUUGCGGGUACGUGAUGCUCAUCUGCUUCGUCUCCAUUGGAAUUUCAAACCAAAGUCGAUGCUCAUGCAUUGUAACUAUGAAAGAAGUCUUGAUCGGCAUGAUAACUACAGAGAUUGUGCUUCACUAUUGCGAGCCUUGAGCAGAAAAAAUUUGCCUUACGUUGCUUCAAAGCUAUUAUUCAAGAUGAAAUCAGAAGGUUUACAACCUGACAACUCUACUUUGUCUGCUCUGAUGGUUUGGUAUGCCAACAAUGGUUUAUUCCCUCAGGCACAGGCUAUUUGGGAAGAAAUUAUAAACAGUUCUUCUGUGCCUAGUAUUGAAAUAAUUUCGGAGCUGAUCGAUGCCUAUGGGAGGAUAGGAUGUUUUAAUGAAGUUACAAGGAUUCUGCAUCAAGUAAGUUUGACAGAUUCCAGCAUAUUGCUGGAAAUUUAUGCUCUGGCUAUAUCUUGCUUUGGAAAGAGAGGACAGCUUGGAAUGAUGGAAAAUACGUUGAAGGAGAUGGUUUCCAAGGGAUUCCCAGUUAAUUCUGAUGUGGGAAAUGCUUUUAUCAUAUACUAUAGCAGUUUUGGAUCUCUAACUGAGAUGGAAGUAGCUUAUGGCCGUCUUAAGAGGUCAAGAAUUCUCAUAGAGAAAGAAGGAAUUAGAGCAAUGUCAUUUGCUUAUAUAAAGGCAAGGAAGUUUUACAAUUUAGGUCAAUUCGUAAGGGAUGUGGGUCUUGGUAGGAGAAACGUGGGAAAUCUUCUUUGGAACUUGCUUUUGCUAUCCUAUGCUGCAAAUUUCAAAAUGAAAAGCUUGCAAAGGGAAUUUCUGGCAAUGGUGGAAAGUGGAUUCCAACCCAAUCUUACUACUUUUAACAUUCGAGCUCUGGCCUUUUCAAGGAUGUCUCUGUUUUGGGACCUCCAUGUAAGCCUUGAGCAUAUGAAACACGAAGCGGUUUUUCCUGAUCUUGUGACUUACGGUUGUAUUGUUGAUGCAUAUUUGGACAGAAGAUUGGGAAGGAAUUUGGAUUUCGCAUUAAGCAAAAUGGACACAAAUGAUCAAGCUGUUACAUCGACGGACCCAUUUGUGUUUGAGGCCCUGGGAAAAGGGGAUUUUCACUUAAGCUCGGAGGCACUGUUGGAGUUUAAUAGGCAAAAGAAAUGGACCUACAAGGAGCUUAUUGCAACCUAUCUGAAGAAAAAGUACCGGAGUAAUCAAAUCUUUUGGAAUUACUGACAGGUUAUCUUUGGCGUGCAGCUGAAAAUUCAUGUACAGCGGCUACAGCCAUACUUUGCUUAUUCAGAGGAAAAGAAAAAUGAAUAAAAAGGAAAAUGUACAGCUGCUUUCGGACCAGGUGUUUGAGAAGUAGGCUUUUUAAUAUCUCAGCUGCUAACUAACUCAUGCUUUUGGAUUAACAAAUAGUUCCUGUUUUUACUAAGUUGCAUACCACUUGAUUGUGGCAUCCACCUGAUAUGGACAGCUUACUAGUGAGGUAUGUCAUAGUUGUUUUGCUCAGCCAUAUGUCACUUAAGGAGCAACUUUGACACUAAAUUUUUUUUUUUUUUUUGGCUUUCUCAAUUUUAUUCUUCUAAUCUUCCAGAUGUUUGAUUGCCCCAAGUCAUGUUGUGGAUCAGAACAACAAAAACCUCCUAAGGUGGAAAGAAACCUUCGUUCCUUAAUAAAAGAGCUGCAUGGUGUAAAUGAUAUGAAUUCUUGGGUCACAUCAAUUCGUAGGUCCUUUGUGCAUUCUAAUUUCCUCUUCUUUGUGGUGCCUGAAAUGGUUUUACCUUGUUUCAUUUUUAUUAGUUUUGAUCUGGGAAGUGAUGUUAAUGGUAUCCUGAUUUUCCAGUGUCUUAUGCUUUCUUGUAUACUCUCAAGCUUCAAUUUCUCUU